GAACUUUGAUGGGUUGUAUUGAGUGCUUAUAGUUAGAGUGGGAGGGUCUCGGGAAAGAGAAGAGGGGAAAUCCUGCUUUAGAAUAGCGCUACCCACACCGGGCCACUGGAAAGCGCCCAGAUUCCGCAAUAGCCCCAACCGGCGGCAGGGUGUCUGGCUUCGGGUGCUCGGCGCUCUCAACCCCCUUUUGUCUCCGGAGAGGCGCCGCCGUUGGAAGGGCCGCUUACUCCGGUCGCACGCAACACAAGCGCCGCUUUGUCCGGAUUUGAACGGACCUGGGUCCGUCCCGGCGGCGGCGGGCUCCAGGACCCGGGCGGAAGCAGACAGCGGUGCUGCGGCUCCAGCUGACCACGAGGUCCCAGCUGUUUCCCGCCAUUGCUGAACUGUUUUACUACAACUCCAAAACCCCCCGGUCUGGAAAAACGCGCUCGCACGUCUGCCAACCUCGCCUCGGUUUUGGAGGAUGGAGGAAAUCAAAGGGUCGAUGGCUUACUACGCGAGCCCGAAGACGCUGCAAGAAUUCCGCAGAGCGGAGAAGGAAGUGAUUGGAGGCUUGUGUAGCCUCUCGAACAUCCCGCUGACGCCAGAGAGCCAGCGGGAUCACGACCGGCGCAUCCGCAGGGAGAUCGCCAACAGCAAUGAGCGGCGACGCAUGCAGAGCAUCAACGCCGGGUUCCAGUCCCUGAAGGUGCUGCUGCCCCACACGGAUGGCGAGAAGUUGAGCAAGGCUGCGAUCCUACAACAAACGGCAGAGUACAUCUUUGCCCUGGAGGAGGAUAAAACCCGGCUGAUGCAGCAGAACGCACAUCUGAAACGCUUGGUACAGGAGUACUCGGGCUCCUCCCCCAAGCGGAAACGGGGCGACGAAUCCGACGAGGGGAUCGGCUCUCCAGAUUCGGCGGACGAUGAGCUGGCUGAACUCCGGCAGCACCUGGAGAAGGAGAGGCUGGUGCGGCUCAGCUUGGAGGAGAAGGUGAAAUCCCUGGAGUCCCGGCUGCAGCCCGGCAGGCUGAAGGAGGCGCUGGUGCAGGACCACGACAAGGUGCUGGAGCGACGCAGGCUGUUGCUGGAGGAGCAGCAGAGAGCCAUUGGCACUGCACAGCUGCCCGUCACGCAUAGUCCGCUGGCCCCAACUCACCACCCGACGGUCAUAGUGCCAGCUCCUCUGCCUCCGAGUGUGCUGCAGGUCAAUGUGGUUACCAUGGCGCCCAGCUCCGUCAUCAGCUCCGUGUCCACGUCAAAACAGAAUCUGGACACCAUUGUACAGGCCAUUCAGCAUAUCGAAGCCACAGAGCAAGGUAUCAAAGAGGAACCGGUGGGAGUGGAGAAGCAGACCAUACCUUUCCUGAACUUUGACGGGACGCAGGAGAGCCUCAAGGACGACAGACAAUGGCACGAGCUGGUGACGGCCUCGCCACUGAUAAUCAAGAGCUCCUUUGGUGACGUUGAGACUGGAAGCCAAGAUGCUGCUCAGAGAGAAAUGCUGGCGGCAUUGAGAAGGCCCAAGAUGGACGUGGAGCCAAUCCCCCCUGUCCUUCUGCCAGGCACUGGUGUCUAGACGAGACUGCAGGGCUGUAUUGAUGUGCACUGAGGGAGUGGAGGACUUUUGAGGGUCAAUCCAAAAAGUUUGAGAUCAAGGGACCUUUUGAAUGGCAUUUGUCCCAAACUAAUCCCCUCUUCUCCUUCUAGGGCAAGAGCAAUCUGGAAGGUACUGUGGUCACAGUCUUUGUAUGAAAUAGAGCAGGUCGAUUACUCUUAACCUGUUCAGGUAUGAUGUAGUUUCCUAUGAAACACCUCAUUGCCUAAUUGUGAGUUACCAUUUCAACAGCCCAGAUUUUGUAACUUUUUACAAUGCCAAAGCAAUCUGAAUGUACCACACACGUCAAAAAUCUUCAGUCUAAGAGCCAAUAUACCCAAAAGUGACUUGCUGCACAAAAUGUUGAUAAGAACAGCUUAAAAAAUGGCAGCAACACACACAAAAUGCUGGAGGGACUCAGCAGGCUGGGCAGCAUCUGUGGAAAAGAGUAAACAGUCGACGUUUUUUGGUCUGAAACUCUUCAGUAGGACUGGAGAAAAAAGAUGUAGAGGGGGGGAAGGGCAAGGAGAAUGUCACUGUUUGUUUCGAUUGCCUGUUGAUAAGACAGUACCUUUUCUAUUUGCCCUCUUUGGCAGGAAGUACCUCCCUGCGGUACGUUUAGUGCCUGCUGUUCUCAGUCUGGCCAGCUGGUUGAUGUAGGGCUGGUCUUGGUCACUAAGUGAGCUUCUGGCUUUGUCCGAUGUCCUAACAACUGUAGUUAAUGGUAUUUAGGCAUAACAAUGGUUAAAAAUGGACACUAACAGCAACUCAAAACUGAAAUCCCUUGUGAUUAUUGUGACUUGGCAGCACACUAGGCCUGGGUUUUACUUAACUCCAUGUCUGGGAUUACCAAUGCCACCACGUAUCCCUCAGGAGAUGGUUCUAAUUCAUGUUCAUAUCUCCUUGAAAGUGGCUAUACAGGUUGAUAAGGUAGUUAAGGUAGCUUAUGGAAUGCUUGCUCUUAUUGGUCAAAGCAAUGAGUUUUAAAGUCCCAUGAGGUUAUGUUGCAAUUUUAUAAACUCUGCUUCGGCCACAUCUGGAGUACUGCGCACAGUUCUGGUUGCCUCACUAUAAGGAUAUUGAGGCUUUGGAGAGGGUGCAGAAGAGGUUUACCAGGAUACUGCCUGGUUUAGAGACCAUGCGUUAUCAUGAGAAGCUGAAUAAGCUUGGGUUUUUUCUCUGGAGUGGCAGACGCUGAGGGGAGAUCUGAUAGAAGUUUAUGAAAGGCAUAGAAAGACAGGAAGUACGUCAGCAGGAGGGAUCGGUGUUUUAGCUGUUUGGCACAACACUGGGCUGAAGGGUCUGUUCCAUGUUCUGAUGGAUGAGUGGAACUGUGGAUACUUACAUAAUUAAUAUUUCCAGCCCAUUGACUUUCAACUAAACAUGGUGGUCUUAGCAAAAUUCUGGUGCUUCUCCAGUGGGAAUUACUAUGUACCUACCUUCAAGGAUGCUCUGUAACUCGUUUGAAAAGUGAGUCAGAGGGAGAAUAAACUGGUAACUAGUAAAAAAAAAAUUGCAGACUGUCAACUAAGAUUCGACAGACCCUGUUUACAUGUAGGCCGUGUCUUUUCAAGCUAAUUCUUAGGAUGACUAACUGCUCCCAUGGUGCAGUCACUACAGGGUGUGACGUGAAGUUCUACGUGGGUGAUGCCUUUUUUUACGUAUACACUUUUUAAAAUGUUUGAGAUUACCUUAAAAGAAUCUUAGGAUGUUUUGUUUUGGCAUUGUGAAACUACAGAAUGAAAUUAUCCUUUUAUUCUGAGAAAGAUGACUGAAACCUGGUCCCAUCAGUGCUGCGCCUUUCUGUGCACUAUUGGGGUGGGGGGAGGGGGGUUGUGGGGAGAGUUGUAUAAAAUCUGUUUAGGGCACUUAAAUAAGUUUCUAAAGGUUGUUUAUUUUCCUAAAUGUUUCGCACUUCAAACUGCAGUAUAACUUUUGGACCAUCUGUGCUUAAAUGCUUUGUGCAUAAUAUUGUAUGCCUUUUUUUAUGAAAUCUAAUCAGCUGUAAACUGG